CGCUUAUUAUAUAUGUAGGGAAACAGUUGGAACAAUUUUCGUGAAAACCUCGAGAGUCAUGGGCGAGGUACGGACGUGCGUGAUCUUAUUAUUCGUUCUAAUGCAUGUUAUUCAUGCGCAAUCAUAUUUUGAUUCGUUCAUAUGUGACUUCUUAUGUGGUGACGAUGACAUGUUCGGCUUAUGUGAAGAUUGUUCAUCCGAAGAAUCCUCCGAAUCCACAUCAACCAAGAAACCUACAAGUUCCGAGCCUUUAACUCCUACGCAAAAUAUUUCUAUAAAAAUACCCGCAUCUGAAGGAACAUCUUUAGACAUUUUGAACUGGAACGGUCUAUGGUCUGUGAGCGUGGAUGCCCAGAGUAAACCAUCUGCCUCUUCUGCUCCCCCUGCAGAAGCUUCCACGACCCCAAAGUCCACUGCUGCAUCAGAAUCUACCACUGGAGCAUCUACAACUGCUGCGGCUAGACGAUAGAUAUCGAACCGAAUUUAAUAAUUGUAUUAUAAUUAAUAUGAAAAAGGUGCAAUAUUUCUUAGUACUAUAAGUACUAUAUUACUAGAUAUAAUAUAGUACUAGAAGUACUAUAUAGUUAAUUAGCCAUUUAGUAGAUUUUAGUUUAGGUAUGUAGCCAUAUAUGUAAUUAAACAAUUUAUCCGCGACAGAGAAUUGACGAAAUCAGUCACCAUUUAUCUUUCCACAACUAAGCAUUUUUAAGGCAGGUUUGAUCAGUAGAAACGAUCGAACCAAUUCUUUAAAGGCCUUGUGAGCCUUUUUUGAGAGCGUGUUCUAUGGGCGAUAUCACUAAACCUCCUGUUCCCCUGUUCUAUAAAAAAAACAAUACUCUGACACUAUUUGCUAUAAACUUUAUCUUAGGCACUUCGAAAUUUAUUUAUAUAUACUCCUAAAGUGAAACUAAAAAUGUAAAAUUAAGAAGCUUGUGCCAUCAAUAAAAUAUUUAACUGAGCAUAUUUAAUUUAUGAGUAGUGUUAAUCUACGCAGGCUAGGCUAAAUCAAGUCUCAGGUACAUGGCAUUUUUACUGAAUUAAGUCGGCUAUAUAAAGAAUUCAUUUGGUCCUUUGGAUGCUCUGUCUUCAUCAUUCACUUGAAAGCAGUACUGAAACUGUGAUUUUUUUAUAACGAAGUGUAAAAGAUCAGACGUACAGUGUAUAUCGCAUAAUAUAAAUUAGAGAGAGUUCCACUUAAGAAAUAAUACAAAUACCAAACAAUAUGGUUGUACCAAUAAGCUUAUUAUCUUUUAACAAUUUUAUAUGAAAUUGUAAAAUUAAUCUGUUUUUUUAUAAUUGUUACACUUAAAGUAUUAAAGUUUAAUUUUAAGGUACGUAUUCUAUUAUAAGAUAAUACAAAUGU